AUGAUCCAGACCUCCAGACCCGAGGCAGGCGGAUACAGGAGAUGGACGAAUGUUCUAGAAGCCGGACUGGAGCUGGUCCUGGAGCUGGUCCUGGAGCUGGUCCUGGAGCUGGUCCUGGAGCUGGCCCUGAAGCUGGUCCUGGAGCUGGUUCUAGAGCUGGUCCUGGAGCUGGUCCUGGAGCUGGUUCUGGAGCUGGUCCUGGAGCUGGUUCUGGAGCUGGUCCUGGAGCUGGUCCUGGAGCUGCUGGUCCUGGAGCUGGUCCUGGAGCUGGUCCUGGAGCUGGCCCUGGAGCUGGCCCUGGAGCUGGUCCUGGAGCUGGUCCUGGAGCUGGUCCUGGAGCUGACCCUGGAGCUGGUCCUGGAGCUGGUCCUGGAGCUGGUCCUGGAGCUGGUCCUGGAGCUGCAUGGAGUCUUAGCUGUUUUUCCUCUUCCUCCUCCUCCUCCUCCUCCUCCUCCUCCUCUCCCUCUUCCUCCUCCUCCUCUUCCUCCUCCUCCUCUCCCUCUUCCUCCUCCUCCUCUUCCUCCUCCUCUUCCUCCUCCUCCUCUUCCUCCUCCUCUUCCUCCUCCUCUUCCUCCUCCUCCUCUUCCUCCUCUUCCUCCUCUUCCUCCUCCUCUUCCUCCUCCUCCUCCUCCUCCUCUUCCUCCUCCUCCUCUUCCUCCUCUUCCUCCUCUUCCUCCUCCUCCUCCUCCUCCUCCUCUUCCUCCUCUUCCUCCUCCUCUUCCUCCUCUUCCUCCUCCUCCUCCUCUUCCUCCUCUUCCUCCUCCUCCUCCUCCUCCUCUUCCUCCUCCUCCUCCUCUUCCUCCUCUUCCUCCUCCUCUUCCUCCUCUUCCUCCUCUUCCUCCUCCUCCUCCUCCUCCUCCUCCUCCUCUCCCUCUUCCUCCUCCUCCUCUUCCUCCUCCUCUUCCUCCUCCUCCUCUUCCUCCUCUUCCUCCUCCUCUUCCUCCUCCUCCUCCUCCUCUCCCUCUUCCUCCUCCUCCUCUUCCUCCUCCUCUUCCUCCUCCUCCUCUUCCUCCUCCUCCUCUUCCUCCUUCUCUUCCUCCUCCUCCUCCUCCUCCUCCUCCUCCUCCUCCUCCUCCUCCUCCUCCUCCUCCUCCUCCUCCUCCUCCUCUUCCUCCUCUCCCUCCUCCUCCUCCUCUUCCUCCUCCUCCUCUUCCUCCUCCUCCUCCUCCUCCUCCUCCUCCUCUUCCUCCUCCUCCUCCUCCUCUUCCUCCUCCUCCUCCUCCUCCUCCUCCUCUUCCUCCUCUUCCUCCUCCUCCUCCUCCUCCUCCUCCUCCUCCUCCUCCUCCUCCUCCUCCUCUUCCUCCUCCUCCUCCUCUUCCUCCUCUUCCUCCUCCUCUUCCUCCUCUUCCUCCUCCUCCUCCUCCUCCUCCUCCUCCUCCUCCUCCUCCUCUCCCUCUUUCCUCCUCCUCUUCCUCCUCCUCCUCUCCCGACCAGCUCCGGGACCGGCUCCGAGACCGCUUCCAGGACCAGCUCCGGGCCGUGCCGGACUCGGGAUUAACCGGCGGAUUCCCCCGCGGAGCCGUGUGGAAGUGUUCGCGCCCGGCGCGUGCUGCUGGAGGCCGCGGCUCCGCGCCGCUGUCCCCGCCGCUGUCCCCGCCGCUGUCCCCGGCAGCCCGGGCUCGGAUCCCGCCGCCCCGCAGCCCGCCGGGCGGCGGAGGCUCCGGGCGGCGAGGCUCCGGGACUGGAUGGCCGCAGCCCGCGCAGGAGCGCCGGGUCUCGCGUUCCGCAGCGGACCGCGUGGAGCGGAGCGGAGCGGCCGUCUCACCGCAGCCUGCAGCGGGCUGCCGGGCUCCGGAGCGCCGCGGCGCUGAAGCCGCCUGCAGCAGUGCCAUGACUCCGCCUGGACGGCAGCUGCUCCCCACAUAG